AUGACGCAAGAGGGCGAAAGCCAAGAGGAAACCCUCGAGCAGACCAGGCCAUUAAUACACCCCAAAUCUACAACGAAGAUAGGCAACUGGAACGUACGUACACUUUACCAAAGUGGCAAUGUAGCACAGGUUGCAAGAGAAAUGACAAGAAGAGAUACAGAUAUCAUGGGCAUUAGUGAAACUCAUUGGACCGGACGAUGGAAAAUCCAGAUAGCAGAAGGAGAGGCAAUCAUCUACUCCGGAAGGGACGAUAACAUCCACAGAGAAGGUGUUGCCAUACUUAUGUCAAAGAAAGCAUCAACUGCGCUGAUAGAUUGGACACCAGUAAACGAAAGGAUCAUCCUAGCAAGAUUUUUCUCAGAGCACAUCAAGCUGACGGUUGUGCAAGAUCAAGUGAAAGAUGAGUUUUAUGCAAGAUUACAGGAGGUACAGGAAAGAAGAAACCGGCAUGACAUGUUGAUCAUCACUGGUGAUAUGAAUACCAAAGUGGGAAGCGACAACGAGCACUACGAAAGAAUCAUGGGAAGACAUGGACUCGGGGUGAGGAACGACAAUGGUGAAAGGCUGUGUGAAAUUUGCGACCUCAACGAAUUAGUUAUUACAGGAACCUUAUUCCCACAUAAAAACAUCCACAAGGAAACAUGGAUCUCACCAAAUAGAACCACCAAUAAUCAGAUAGAUCAUGUGUUAGUCAACAGGCAUUUUAGGAAUUCAGUUAAGGAUACUAGAGUAUUCAGAUCAGCAGACAUCGGGAGAGAUUAUCUGCUUGUGUGCACAACAGUCAAACUGAGGCUAAGGAAGCAAUGUAAAGAGAAAAGGUGUGAGAGGGUAAAGUACGACAUAGAGAAGUUGAAGGAUGCGGAUACAGUGAGAAGGUUUAACAUUGCAAAGACAUACACAGAGACAGCAAAAGAGAUAUUGGGUAGACCUAGGAAGAAGAAGAAACCAUGGAUCAGUGACGCCUCAUGGAAGCUAGCAGUUGAAAGAGGAGAAAUAAACAAGAAAAAGUUGUAUACACUCUCAGAGAGGGUUAAAGGACAGUUAAAAGAGCAGUACAAGGUUAAAGAAAGAGAAGUCAAAAGAAGUCUGAAAGCAGACAAGAAGAAAUGGAUAGAAAACAUCGCGAGUGACGCUGAAGAGGUAGCAAUGAGUCAGCACAUUAAAACUUUGUAUAGUCUUACAAAGACACUCUGCAAUGAAAGACCUAGGAGAAGUACAGCGGUAUUGGACAAGAACGGCAACCUCAUUGGUGGCAAAGCAGAGGUGUUAUCAAGAUGGACAGAACACUUCCAGGAAAUUCUGAACAGAGAAGAACCACAGGAUCCCAUUACAGAAGAUCAUGAAGUAGAAUUAGAUGAUAUAUUUGAAGAAAUUUCAGUCGACAUGCCAUCAAUAGAAGAAGUGCAGAUGGCUAUCAAGAAGUUGAGGAAUGGAAAGUCACCAGGAAUAGAUUCAAUCACGGCAGAGUUGAUAAAGGCAGAUACAAACUUUUCAAAUUUUGAAAAAGCUUUCGACUCCAUCCAACGUGAAAGCCAGUGGACCAUCAUGAGGAAAUAUGGGGUACCAGACAAGAUCGUAAGAAUGGUACAGUUAUUUUAUGAAGAUUUCCAGUGUGCAAUAGAAGACCAAGGAGAGACAGGAGAAUGGUUUAACAUCAAGACAUGA